AUGAGACCAUUUGCCGGCAAAACUGUAGCAUCAUUUCCGACCUGGACAAAUGCGAUUUGUGUACCGGUUAUCUGUACAACUACACUUGCAUAGUAUGCAAUUGCUUGAAUCACGGUCAGUGUACUGAAGAUGGCACCUGCAACUGCCAGAAAGGAUUCCACGGAGACAAGUGUCAGCAUAACAUUGAUGAAUGUUUGCCGGCUAGCCCAUGCCAUGUGGAUGCUAUCUGCAUUGAUAAUGAAGGCGGAUACAUGUGUCUGUGCAAGUCAGGUUACCACGGAAAUGGAACUCAAUGUCAAGCUGUGUGCACAAAUCCCUGGGUGAAAAAGAACAAAGCAUGUGAAUGUAAACCGAGACCAGACGGACCCAUCUGCACAGAAGUGUGCAAUUGCUUGAAUGAUGGUCAGUGUACUGAAGACGGCACCUGCAACUGCCGGAAAGGUUUCCAUGGAGACCAGUGUCAACAUGCUUUCAAGACAAAGUGCCUGGGCACAAAUAAUGCAAUAUACACCUGGAUGGCUCUUGCCAGCUUGCCGUGUUAUCCACAUCUCGACUAUGGCAGCUGCCAGAAGAAAACGAACUUCGUGCACGCCCGCGAGAUGUGCGUGAGAAGAGGAUACAACUUCGUAGACUAUAAUUCCUUCACUGAGCUUGGCUUGAAGCUGGGUGUUAGCGACUGCAUAAAAUCAUUGCUGAGCGAGAUGAUGGCUAGAAGUAACAGCAGCUACAGCACCCCUCUCAAGAUAUGGACAUCGUACAUGUACUUUGGUCAGCAUGUUAUUUACAAGCAAGGCAAGGACAACUCGAGCGACGCACUAUUUGACAGGGAUGGAAGAGGCAAUCAUGAUGUCAUCUGUGAAGCCAAAUGGCUCCAGGCCAACGAUUCUGUACACGCCGCAGCAACUCCAGCACACAGACCCAGCGUGACUGAGCAGUUCGCAGAGGACGCAUGCCAGGAGUACGGAUAUCAUCUCAUUACCAAGGAGUGGCUAGAAGAACAUGGCUAUGUGUUAACAGAGCGCUGGCUAGAGAAGUUGGCCUUAUUGCAUAAGCACCAGCAAGCACCUUACCACGUCGCGUCAAUCCGAGUCAAUGGCCGUUCCCUUUACAGAACCGUAAUGUUUAGCGCACAAAAGCAGACGUUUCAGAACGCCACAAGCAAAACUCAAGCCCAGAUUCUCUGUGUCAAGACAUGUGAGACCGGUGUUCUUGGACCAAACCUGAGUUGUGUGUGUAACCGCACCUCAACCUAUGGUCAAUAUUGUGAAAAGGCAUGCAAGUGCUUGAAUCAGGGUCAGUGUGACAACAAAGGUGAAUGCAGCUGCCCGAAAGGAUUCACCGGAGACAAGUGCCAACUCGUUGUGUGUACACAUCCCUGGGUGAAAAAGAACAAAUUAUGCGAAUGUGCGACCAGACUAGAUGGACCUAACUGCACAGAAGCAUGCAAAUGCUUGAAUGACGGCCAGUGCACCGAAGAUGGCACCUGCAUCUGCCGGAAACGUUUCCAUGGAGAUCAGUGUCAGCACAGUUUCAAGACAAAGUGCCUGGGUACAGAUAAGGCAAUGUACACCUGGAUGGCUCUUGCUGGCUUGCCGUGUCAUCCACACCUCGACGGUGACAGCUGCCAGAAGAAGACGAACUUGACGCAUGCCCGACAGAUGUGCAAGAGAAGAGGAUACGACGUGGUAGACUAUAAUGCCUUCACAACCCUGUCUCUGGGCGUGCGGGACUGCAUGGAAGCAUUGCUCAACAAGAUGAUGGCAAGCAAUUUCAACAACCCUAUCACAAUAUGGACAUCUUUCUUGAGGGAUGGCAAGCAUGUAAUUUACAAGGAGGGCAAGAACAACUUAAGAGAAGAGUUACAUGAUAGUAGUGGAGCAAGCCAUCUUGAUUUUGAGAUGAUGGCGAGCGGUGACAGCAACCCUAUCUCCCUAUCGUCAGGGCAAGGACAAGUUAAGAACAAGUUGAGAGAAGAGUUACAUGAUGAUGGUAGUGGAGCAAGCCAUCUUGAUGUCAAGAUGAUGGCGAGCGGUGACAGCAACCCUAUCUCCCUAUCGUCAGGGCAAGGACAAGUUAAGAACAAGUUGAGAGAAGAGUUACAUGAUGAUGGUAGUGGAGCAAGCCAUCUUGAUGUCAAGAUGAUGGCGAGCGGUGACAGCAACUCUAUCUCAAUAUCGGCAUCGCUCGAGGAGGAUGACCAAAAUAUCAUGUACCAGCAGCGCAAGAACCAGUUAAGAGAAGAGUUACUUGAUAGUAACGGAGCAAGCCAUCAUGAUGUCAUCUGCGAAGCCAAGUGGCUUCACGCCAACUCCUCAGUAUACACCACAGCAACGCCAGCGCUGAGGCCCAACGUCACUGAGCAAUUCGCAGAGGAGGCAUGUGAGCAGUACGGACUUCACCUCAUAACCGGGGCCUGGCUGCAAGCACAUGGCCAUGUAUUAAGAGAGAGCUUCCUAGAGAGAUUGGCUAUUCGGCAAGCACCUUACCACGUCAAACCAAUCGUGGUGAACGGCAACUCCCUUUUCAGAACCGUAAUGUUUAGCGAGGGAAAACAGAGGUUUGUGAACACCACAAGCAAUCACCGAGCCCAAAUCCUCUGUGUCAUGUGCAAGUGUUUGAACCAGGGUCAGUGUGACGACAAAGGCAAAUGCAUCUGCCCGAAGGGAUUCACCGGAGACAAUUGCCAGAAGGUUAUGUGCACACAUCCCUGGGUGAAAAAGAACAAAGUAUGCGAAUGUAAACCCAGACUAAAUGGACCUAACUGCACAGAAGCAUGCAAUUGCCUGAAUAAUGGUCAGUGUACUGAAGACGGCACCUGCGUCUGUCCGACUGGAUUCCGGGGAGACCAAUGUCAGGACAAUUUCAGGACAAAGUGCCUGGGUACGGACAAGGUGAUGUACACCUGGACGGCUCUCGCCGGCUUGCCGUGUUAUUCAGGCAGCUGCCCGAAGAUAACCAGUUGGACGAAAGCCAGAGACGCAUGCAGUGAUAGGGGAUAUCAGCUGGUCGACUUUAAAACCUUCACCUUGCUCGGCUCAAAGCUUGGUGUGCGUGGCUGCGUAAAGUCAUUGCUGCACGAGAUGAUGGUGAACAGUAACAGCAGCCCGAUCACGAUAUGGACAUCAUCCGAGUACAAUCGUCGGCGUAUUAUUUACAAGCAGGACAAGAACAAAUCGAGUGGUGCGAUAUUUAGUGUUCAUGGGUUCGGCCGUCACAAUGUCAUCUGCGAAGCUCAAUGGCUCCAUGCCAACGAUUCUGUAUACGCCGCAGCAACUCCAGCACUCGGACCCAGCGUGACUGAGCAGUACGCAGAGGACGCAUGUCAGCAGUACGGACUUCGCCUCAUAACCAAAGACUGGUUACAAGAACAUGGCCAUGUGUUAAGAGAACGCUGGCUAGAGAGAUUGGCUUUAGAUAAGUCCGACGGAUUAGGUUACCACGUCGCGCCAAUCCUGGUCAAUGGUCAGUCCCUUUACAGAACAGUAAAAUUUAGCAGACAACAUGUGACGUUUAAGAACGAAACAAGCCAUGAGGAUGCAAAGAUUCUCUGUGUCAAGUCCUGUGGGAGCGGUGUUCUUGCACCGAACAUGAGUUGUGCAUGUAACCGCACUAUGUCCUACGGUGAAGAAUGUGAAAAGGCAUGCAAGUGCUUGAACCAAGGUGAGUGUGAUAACAAAGGUGAAUGCAGCUGCCCUAGGGGAUUCACCGGCCACCAUUGCCAACUCGUUGUGUGCGAGGAACCCUGGGUGAAAAAGAGCAAAGUGUGUGAAUGUCAACCGGGACUAGAUGGACCCAACUGCACAGAAGCAUGUAAUUGCUUGAAUGAGGGUCAGUGCACUGACGAUGGCAGUUGCAACUGCCGGAACGGUUUCCAUGGAGACAAGUGUCAGCAUAGUGAGUAUUAUGCUGUAUGA